AUGUCUCCGUCUAUGGCCAGAUCUGCUCCCAGCGAGCUCAACCACUGGUGGAGCCAACUGAGGUUUCGCCUCCAAAACAAGAAAGGAUGGAACGAGAUGUUGGAUGAGACGUUUCUGCUCCACACCAAAUACAUAAAUGACAUUCCUCUCUUCUACGCGGCUAAAAAGAACAGUGUUGGUUGCAUCAAGAAGCUGCUGAGUUGUGCAUCCACUAACAUCUUUGAGAGAGGAGCUCUUGGUGAGACGGCGCUCCACGUUGCCGUGAUGGCUGAUAACCUGGACGCCGCUGUGGCUCUGAUGGACGGAGCUCCUGAACUCAUCAACGAGCCCAUGACCUCCGAGCUUUUCCAAGGUGUUACUCCGCUCCACAUCGCUGUGGUGAAUCAGAACAUCAAUCUGGUUCAUCACCUCAUCAGUCGUGGCGGUGACGUGGCUACACCUCGAGUCACCGGUCUGUACUUCAGGAAGAGGAUAGGAGGACUCAUCUACUACGGUGAGCACAUCCUGUCUUUUGCUGCGUGUGCUGGGAAUGAGGACAUUAUCUCCAUGGUGAUCGAUGCAGGGGCCAGCACCAGGGUCCAGGAUUACCGUGGUAACACAGUGCUUCACAUUUUGGUUCUGCAGCCCAACAAGACGAUUGCGUGCCAGGCCAUGGAACUGAUUAUGGCACGCGAUGUAGAGCUGGACCAGUCAGUGCCACUCGACAUGGUGCCCAACUACCGAGGCCUUACACCUUUUAAACUGGCUGCCAAAGAGGGAAACGUUGUGGCGUUUCAGCACCUAGUUAACAAAAGGCGUGUAGUUCAGUGGAGUCUGGGCCCUCUGACCUCUAACCUGUACGACCUGACAGAGAUCGAUUCAUGGGCCGACAGCAUGUCAGUGCUGGAGCUCAUCGUGGGCAGUCACCAGAGAGAGGGAAGAAGGAUACUGGAGGUGACGCCCGUGAGGCAGCUGGUUAGUCUGAAGUGGAACCUGUAUGGAAAACAUUACUUCAGGCUGCUGCUGUUUCUGUAUCUCCUGUACAUCGGGACCUUCACACUGUGUUGUGCAUAUCGCCCUCUGAAGGACGCUCCGGAGAACUACAGCGAGUCAGAGAUGGACAAAACCAUCCGGGUCCAGAAAACCCUCCAAGAGAGUUAUGUGACACAUGAGGACAGCCUGCGGCUGGCGGGCGAGAUCAUCAGCAUCCUGGGAGCUUUUGUCAUCCUGUUGCUGGAGAUCCCUGAUAUACUGAGAGUGGGGGCAAAGCGUUAUUUUGGCCAGACAGCACUGGGAGGCCCCUUCCAUGUUAUCCUUAUCAGCUAUGCAUGCCUGGUGGUGCUGCUGCUUGUGUUCAGAGCCACAGAGGUGCAGGGAGAGGCUGAGGUGAUGGCGGUGUGCUUAGUCCUCGGCUGGAGCAACGUCAUGUUCUUCGCCCGAGGUUUUGAAAUGCUCGGCCCGUAUGUCAUCAUGAUACAGAAGAUUAUAUUUGGAGACCUGACCAAGUUUAUGUGGCUGAGUUUCAUUGUUCUCAUUGGUUUUUCCACCUCCCUGUGGAUGGUGUAUAUGACCCAGGAGCCGGAGUCCAUUCCUUCAUACCGCUCCUUCCCCAUCACCCUAUUCUCCCAGUUUGAGCUCAGCGUGGGCCUCAUAGAUCUGCCCGUGGACCACACCAUCUUCACCCCUCCGAUCGUCCACGUGCUGCACUGCACCUUCUCUGUGGUCUCCUACAUCCUCCUGCUAAAUCUACUAAUAGCCAUGAUGAGCGACACACACUGGAGGGUGGCCCAGGAGAGAGACGAGCUCUGGAGGACUCAGGUGGUGGCCACAACUUUGAUGCUGGAGAGGAAGCUGCCCCGCUGCUUGUGGCCUCGGCUCGGGGUCUGUGGGCUCAACUACGGUCUGAGGGAGCGCUGGUAUCUCAGGGUUGAGGACAGAAACGACCCAAUGUUGCAAAAGAUGCGGCGUUACGUCAAGGCUUUCUCCAAAGACGAAGAAAAGGAGGGACUGGAGGAGAAGACUGACUCGAUAAAGGGGUCCAUCUCAGGAACCCCAAAGCUCCGACCUAAAAUCAGAGGAGCGUUCAACAACAGGAGGUCUCUGACGGGGUGGCAGAUGAUUCGUCACAGCGCUUUCGGUUUGGAGAUGGAGCCGGAAGGGCCGGAGGAGGACCGGGACAUUAAAUAUGUUUAGGAGGAGAUUUUGUGUGCAGUCUCCGAGGCCUUCCAGUCCUGAACAUAUGAAGUACACGUAAAGUGUCGACGAACAAACUUGCAAGACGUGGACUCAACCGACUCAAUCUGCCUUUAUUAUAUUCAACGGUGCAAUUAUUCCUGCAGUAUUAUGCUAUAGAAAAAAGUGUGUUAUUUUUAUAGCUAUAUAAAACAUGUGUAGCAGUAAUAUAUGCUAAGCUAAAACAAAGUGAAACGUAGACAUUAUUGUGUAUUUGUUUUUAUAUGAGAAUAAAACCUUGUUGAAACAAA